GCAGGCCAAAAGCUCGAUGCGUUGUACGACAACAAAAUGUUUGAGUUUCGAGCGCCUUUCUACACACUCGAAACGACACCGUCUCGUGGCAUUGACUGACGCAUGCCGCAACCUCCGUCGGGUGGUCAGCAUCCGGGAGGCGGUGGGCGAGGUGAUGGAGGAGACGGCGCAGGACCCGGUGGAGGAGGUGACGGAGGAGACGACAUAGGAUCUGGUGGUGACAGCAAAGGGGAAGGGGCCAGGCGAAACAGGGUCCAACGAAAACGGUCCGGCGAAAAAGGGUCCGACGAAAAGGGGUCGGCGGAACCAAAGGGCUCCAACGGAAAACGGUCCGGCGAAAAAGGGUCCGACGAAAAGGGGUCGGCGGAAAGGGGUCGGCGGAAGGGGUCGGGCGGAAAGGGGCUGGGCGGAAAGGGGCAGGGCGGAAAGCGUAGAGCAUUCAGGAGUCACGAGUCUAACAGAACUGAAAGCCGCUGCGAAGGGAGUCGAGAUUCGGACAUGCGAGACGAGGCAGCCCUGAGGUCUUAUCAAGUGCGAGUACAUUCGCACUUGUCUGCAAGGACUUUGUUUCACGACACCGGCGAGCGCAAAGUGCUAGAGGGGCCCGCUGCAGGAGUGUUGGAGACCGGGUGUAGCGAGUAUGAACGUUAUGCUUCAGAGGAGCUGUCACAGGACGCGCAUGCUGUGCACCGGGAAGAGGAGACUCAACACUGGCCGCCUACAGACUGCUGGAUGGUAUCGACGAGGGAGUGUUGGAGACCGGGGCUAGCGAGCAUCUACGUCAUCCUUCGGAGGGUGCCGCGCGGCGACAUCUGUUCAGGGGCCCUCUGUAGGAGUGUUGGAGACGGGCUAGCGAGUGCGAAGGUCAUGCUUUGGAGGAAACGCAUGCUGUGCAGCGGGAUGAAGAGCUUCUCCAAGGCUCGUCGGGAAAUGCCAUCAACAUCGGGAACACCGAUUUGGUUUUGCACAGUGGGUCGCCACUUACGGCGCAAGAAGGUGACGUUAAGGGAGGUCAAUGAACGUUUGUGGAAGGCAAAGACCGUGGGCGAAAAGGACGUGCAUGGACGUUUGGGGAAGCUCGGCUUCGUGGAGAUGAGGAGGGCGAAGAAGAACCCGUGGUGGAAACUUGGUUUCACGACGAUGAGGAAGGCGAAGAACCCGUGGGGGAAGCCCAACUUUUUGACGGUGAGGUGUCGGCUCGACUUCAUGACGAUGAGGCAGGCGAAGAAACCGGGGGAAGCUCAGCUUUAUGCCGGUGAGGUGUCGGCUCGGCUUCAUGCCGGUGAGGUGUCGGCUCGGCUUCAUGUCGGUGGGGUGUCGGCUCGGCUUCAUGCCGGUGAGGUAUCGGCUCGUCAAAUGGGUUCGGAACGGACAGAUCAUGAUUCUCCGUCCACCAGCUGUGGUGAAGAGCAAGGUGAUCGACCGUCUGCCCUCAGUUCCGGUCGGGAAAUGGUGCUUCAUGAAGCCACGGAGUUGGUUAGCGACUCGGCUGCCAUCAAGCUGGUUAGCGACUCGGCGGUGGUCGAGAUGCAGAAGAUCGAGUCCUCCUCGGACGUCGGCCCAGUGGCGCGACAGGAGGCCGGUUCCCCUCGAAGGACUCCCGAGCACGGGUCUUUCACUUUUGAAGACUCUAAGUUGGAUGAGACAUGGGAGGAGGAGGAUGCUCAGCGUCUUGCUGAUCUUUUCCUGUCUUUGCAGGAAAAGAAGAAGAAGCAUAAGUCUGAACUCAUCCUGCUUCGACCCUUCAUCCUGGGAGCCAAGAUCAAAGGACUUUUGGACUGUGGGGCUACUCGCAACUUCAUCUCUCCCAAGGCAGUCAGCAAGCUGCACUUGGAUCAGAGCAAGAUCGACCUCAAAUCUGGCUAUCACCAGAUUGAUGAAGGUGAUGUCCACAAGACUGCCUUCAGAACCAGGUAUGAUACUUACGAGUACCUGGUUAUGCCAUUCGGUCUUUGCAAUGCCCCAGGCACCUUCCAAACAGAGAUGCAUCGCAUACUCAGGUCUUAUCUGGACAAGUUCGUAGUUGUCUACCUUGAUGAUAUCUUGGUAUUCGGUCGAUCUGUCCAGGAGCAUGCGCAGCAACAUCUAGCCCCCGUCCUCCAGGCCUUACGUGACAACCAGUACAAGAUCAGCGGAGAGAAGUCCUCUUUUGGGGUUCCCUCUGUAGUCUAUCUGGGUCACGUCAUUUACGGUGAGGGGUUGGCUCCUGAAGCAACAAAAGUUGUUGCAGUUCAGGACUGGCUGCGACCUGCUAACAUUCAUGAUGUCCGGGCUUUCUUGGGGCUUGCAUCCUACUACAGGAAGUUCAUUAAGAACUCUGCGAUUUCAACACCAAUGACUGAUCUUACAAAGAAAGACACUUCCUUUCUUUGGACAUCAGAAUGUCAGGAGGCUUUCACACGUCUCAAGGAGGCCUUGAUUCGUGCUCCUGUCUUGAAGCUACCUGACCCUACCCUGCGUUUUGUGCUUACUACUGAUGCUAGUCAGUAUGGUGUAGGGGCGGUACUUCACCAGGAUGAUGGGAAUGAUCUGCAGCCUAUCGAAUAUAUGAGCAAGAAGAUCAAAACAAAGAAGCUGCAGGAUUCUACCUAUGAGAAAGAGCUUUAUGCUCUUGUGUCAACGCUCAAGCAUUGGAAACACUUUCUCCUGGACAGGCACUUCAAGAUCUUUUCAGAUCAUUCCACCUUGCAGUGGAUGAAGUCCCAAGGAGAGUUGAAUGAUAAGCUUGCUCGCUACAUUCAGUCCAUUGACAUGUUUGACUUUGAACUGAAGCACAAGAAGGGCUGCUAUAAUCGAGUAGCAGACGCCCUCUCUCGUAGGCCUGAAGCUCUUUUCCUGAUCAUCUUUACUCACUCAUUUGAAGAGAGGACCCGUCAGACCAUUGCCCCGUUGUUGCCCCACGAUGAGAUUUUUGGGCCUAUUGUGAGGAAUCUCCAGGAUGAUCCUGCCUCUGAACCAGGAUAUACUCUGGUCUCAGGUUUGCUGUAUACAUGCAGCAGAGGUGAGGAGCGCCUGUGCAUUCCCCAGGACCGCAAGCUGAGGACCCUUCUGAUGUUAGAGUGUCAUGAUGCUCGUGGUCACUUUGGUGCCCUCAAAUCUUAUGCAGCCCUAUCGCAGCGCUUCUUCUGGAAGGAGAUGAGUGACAUGCUGCACUAUGUGGAAACAUAGUUCAUCCCCUUACCAGCUGAGGCUCGUGUGCUAGCCGUUCAGGCGGCCUUUGCUGACAGGGUGGGAGAAGACAUGCCAUUAUACGACAUUCUCAAGGAAUUUCAGCGAGGCCAUAGUCACAUGGCCAUUGUUGUCCACGAGAAACAGGAUGAUGAUAAGCUCGAGAACUUGGAAACCUCUAACGGGACUCGGCAGGGGACUGGAGUUGAUUCAGAGGAGGAAAGACUGGCAAAGCUUCGCCGUCGGGGCCUUUUACGAGGGACUGCAUGUAUAUUGCUUGAUCUGUUCUAUCCCUGUGCCCACCCUCUCCCUCAAACUGUUCUGCGAUCCUCCGGACGAGCCAGCCUUCAGCAACAGUUCCUGAUGCCAGCAGGGCCAGCCUCCGAACAGCAGCCACGACGCAGCAAGCGGAUCGCCGAUCGCCAACAGCAACAGCAACAGCAACCUACAGUUCUACAACCGCCACAGACCAGUACUCCGAUGGUGAACACGCCAUACGGCGGAUCAUCAUCCGAGGGUUCGACAGCUAGUAAUGCCGAACCCUUACCGGUCUGUCGAGUGCGAGAGUCGAAUGAGCCCCUCCCGGACUUCAUUCAGCGAAUGCAGGACUAUACAGCCGCACUCACUCAGGUCAAGGAACAGCAAGAGGCUGCCGCAGCCGAAAGACUACGGCUAGCAGAGGAAGCUGCAGCACAAACCCGGCGUCAAGCCGAGGCAGACCAGUUGGCGAUCGAUCAGCUCAACGCCGGCAGCGCUGAAGUUGUAAGUGCUAACCAAGCACAAUGGACAGCGGUGCUCAACGGGAUGCGUUAUGUCCCGGCACCCGGCAGCAAGCCGACAACAAUACAGCAAGAGAGGCACGACCUGGCAGAUAUUCUACUCCAUACAAUGCGCGCUGUCAUUUGGAACAGCUCCAUGGGGGAGCUGCAUUCCCGGUCCACACUGCAGCUGCAGCACGAUCUGAGCCACAAMGUGAAGAUACUUGCAGCAGCUGUCAAGGUCGCGGACAACCAGUUGAAACAGCUGGAUGCACGCAUUGCUACCUUGGAGGCAACGCCUCCCCAAGCAGCGCCAGGCUGCACGCCAGAUAUGACAGACACAACGAAGCAGCUCAAUGGGCGCAUCGAUCAUGUCGUCAAUCUCAUCGGCAACGUAGGUGUUUUCAAUGGGCCAAACACGAUCAGUAGCACGGUGGCCGCCAUCAAGACGGACAUCACCAAGCUGCAGACGAAACCAGACGCCGCCACGAAGAGUUACAAGAUGCCGCACUUCGACAUCAGCAAGUUCGACGACCACAACAAGACGGACGCUUUGGCAUGGUGGCAACGUUUCCUCACGGAAGCAUCCUGCCGCACUGUCCCGGACGACUAUCUGAUGAAGGCGUUAUACUUACAGCUGAUUGGAGGAGCGCAGGCAUGGAGGAACCAUCUGGCGGCUACCCACACAUGCACCAUCGCCGAACUUCACACGCACAUCACGUGGAAGGAGUUCGAGCAGCUAUGGUUCACCCGGUUCAUGGUCCGCAACGUCGUGAAGGCGGCCAUGAAUGAGGUGUACACAUGCUCUCAAGGGAACAUGCCAACUCGAGACUGGACAACCAAGUGGCAGAAGAUAGUGACCACGCCAGGCUUCGAUUUGACUUUUCCUAAUCAACGAUCCGAGUUUUUCUCACGAUCGUGCRCGGGAUUGCGGUCGGCACUCGGUAACGAGUACGACUAUACCUCGUUCGAGGCUAUCCUGGAUCGCGCAAACCUGGUUAUCCAAACGGACGACAAGGCCGCUAACGAGAAACAAUCCCAGCCGCAUUAUGUGGCUAAGCAGGGCUAUCAACGUUCGGCACAUAACAAUGCCGUAAUUUCUGAAGCAACAGACGAUCUCCACGCUGCAGCAGCAUCCUCGAGUGAUGGAGGAAUUGUAGCAGCGCUCCCGCCGAAGCGUCCUAAGAGGGUCCGGAAACCCAAGGCGACACAAGAGACGGCAUCGACGGGAACUGGGCAGCAGCCAUGGACGGCCUACAACAUCACCAAGGAACCGGUGUCUUUUGACAUCCUCGACACCAAGUUCAACAUGAUUCUAGGCAUGUCUUGGUUGCGUAGUGCCGAUCAUCCGGUGAACUUCCAUGACCGAACCGUUCACAUCCGUGAUCGGAACGGAGUGUUAGUCCCAUGUACGGUCGUGAUCCCUCACACUUCGAUUGCUUGUCACGUGGUUUCCGUUGCGAGAAUUCGCGACGCCAUUGCUCGGAAUGACGUCGAGGAGAUGGGCCUUGUAUUCUUGCAUGCUCUCCCCUCGCGGGACGGACCAGCCGCGUCACCGCUAGACCCAUACAUUUCUCACCUCUUGGACGAGUAUAGAGACGUCUUCGAGGCUCCCACCGGAACGGUUCCAAAUCGGCCCAUACGUCACGGGAUCACUCUCGAGGCUGGCGCCGUCCCUCCGCGUGGAUGUAUCUACCGCAUGAGCGAAGAGGAACUCGAGGUGCUUCGCGCACAACUCGAUGACCUUCUCGACAAGGGCUGGAUUCGCCCUAGUUGCUCGCCAUACGGUGCCCCUGUUCUCUUCGUCCGGAAGAAGAACAAAGAUCUACAGCUAUGCAUCGAUUAUCGGAAACUUAACGCACAAACCGUAAAGAACGCCGACCCUCUCCCUCGGAUUGAUGAUCUUCUUGAGCGGUUGGGCGGCUCGACGUACUUCUCGAAGUUGGACUUGAAGUCAGGUUACCACCAGAUUGAAAUCCAGCCUCAAGACCGGUACAAGACCACUUUCAAGACGCGGUACGGGCAUUUUGAGUGGGUUGUCAUGCCUUUUGGCCUCACCAAUGCCCCUGCGACUUUCCAAGCAGCGAUGGCGACUGAGUUUCGCGACUUGCUCGAUCGCAGUGUCCUCAUUUACCUCGAUAACAUCUUGGUUUAUAGUAGGACGUUGGACGAGCACAUCGUACACCUUCGCACUGUUUUGGAUCGUUUGCGACUGGCCAAGUACAAAGCGAAUCUCGACAAGUGCGAGUUCGCCAAGCAGGAGCUUGAGUACCUGGGUCAUUUUGUCACGCCGAAAGGCAUUCGUCCCUUAGCGGACAAGAUCCAAGCCAUCGUGGAUUGGCCGGAACCCCGUUGCACGACCGACUCCCCAAAGGUGUCCUUCGAGUUCGACGACGCAGCCCGUGGCGCGUUCACUACGUUGAAGGCAGCGAUGCAAGCCGCACCUGCCCUCCGUAUAUACGACCCCACCCUACCCACCCAAGUGACUACGGACGCUUCAGGAUACGGUAUUGGCGCGGUGUUGGAACAAUGUCACGAGGACUGUUGGCAUCCGGUCGAGUACUUCUCCCAAAAGGUGCCUCUCGUAAACACUCUCGACGACGCUAGGAAGAAAGAGCUACUCGCGUUCGUCACCGUUCUCAAACUGUGGCGCCACUUUCUUCUAGGUCGUCGACGUUUUAAAUGGAAUACGGACAACAAUCUGUUGACCUUUUACAAAACGCAGGAUACGGUCACUAGCACGAUUGGUCGAUGGAUGUAUUACAUCGACCAGUUCGACUUUGMCCCGUGCCACAUUCCUGGUCCCGCCAAUCGAGCUGCGAAUGCCCUAUCACGACGGCCCGACUUUUGUGUCAUUGUGACCACGGCAUUCGACCUCGAUGACGAUCUGCAGCCGCAUUUCGUCAAAAGCUACAAGUCCGAUCCGACUUACUCUACGCUUUACGCGGUGCUUUCAUCCGAUCACCCGCCGGCUAGCCACUAUCGGAUUUCCGACGGGUUCCUUCUCCUUCACACGAGAGGAAAGGACUUGUUACUUGUGCCCCAAGAUCACAUCUUACGGACUCGUCUUCUCAGCGAAUUCCACGACACACGACGUUCGGCACACCUUGGCGUGAACCGCACACUAGCACGCCUCCGCGAGCGUUUUCACUGGCCCUAUGUCCUUCAUGACGUCACGAGGUACAUUGAGUCAUGUGCAGUUUGCCACCGUAACAAGGGUCGAUCUCGAGUCCCCUUCGGCGAACUGAAACUGUUGCCGAUUCCUCGGGCACCACGCCUCUCAAUUGCUAUGGACGUGACAGGCCCGUUUCCCCGCGAUCGCCACGACCAUGACGGUAUUCUCACGGUCGUUGACCGUUUGAGCAAGUAUGCUCGCUUCCAUCAUGCUGCAGCGCCCGAACUCGCACGACUCUUGCACACCGGUUGGAUUACCAACCAGGGUGUUCCGAAAGACAUAGUGAGCGACCGAGAUACUCGUUUCAUGUCGGCCUUUUGGACUUCCCUCAUGGCUGAGUCCAGUACGACAAUGAAGCCGAGCUCGGCUCGCCACCCGCAGACGGAUGGCCAGACGGAGCGAGCGCACCAGACCGCUCAGAUAAUGUUGCGUAUGCUCAUUCGUCCCGACCAGAAAGAUUGGGUUGACCGGCUUCCCGACAUCGAGUUCGCCUAUAACACUUCGGUGACCCGGCGAUCUGCGUCACACCAUUCGAGUUACAUUAUGGUGGAGAGAAAGCACGGAUCUUCGCUGAUCUUCUUUUGCCACAGGCUGUCAACAUAGACGUCCCUUGCUCUCCCGCUUUCGUUCGGAAGUACCGGGACUUGCUGAUCAAAGCCCACGCAAAUAUGCAAAA